AUGUAUACUAAGUACAAGGAGAAACAAAAAGAACCUACAGAGGAGAGCAAGACAUCAGAGGAAGAGGCUGCGACGAAGAUCCAGGCGGCGUUCCGGGGUCACAAGACUAGGCAGUCAAUAAGCAUGAAGACCAGCAAACCAAGUCAACAACCAGAGCCGGAGCCGACGAAGGCAGAACUGGAGGCUGAGUUCCGAUCUGACGAUAAAGAAUUAUGCAAUGCGGCAACCAAGAUUCAGGCUUCGUUCCGAGGCCAUCAAGCUCGCAAGCAGACCCAGCCGGUGGAGAAGACAAAGGAGGAACAGGAUAAGGAAGACAUAGAUAACAUCGAUCUGACGGAUCCCGACCUGAAUAAAGCUGCUACUAAGAUCCAAGCCUCAUUCCGAGGUCACAAAAUCUCUCUCGACAGUGGACAGCCA